CCUCGUUAUCUCCUAGCAAAUGAGCUAGGCAUCACGUAGGAUGUCAACGGUUACCUUCGUUGAUUUUCCGCGCCGGUCAUAAUUUCCCAAACUCCCCAAAAGCAAGCUCAAACCCCAAUUUUAUACACUACAUGGAGAUGGAUUUAUCAAACCCUAAAUUUUUAGCGGCAAUCGAUAUGGGAAGCAAUUCUUUCAAAUUGUUAAUAGUCAGAGCAGAAUCAAAUGGUAAAUUCUUAGUAAUUGAUCAUUUCAAAGAACCUGUUGUUCUCGGCCGAGGUAUGAUUUCAAAUUCAUCAUCUAUUUCCCCAGAUUCAAUAAUCAAAGCAACUUUAGCAUUAAAAAAAUUUAAUCAAAUAUUACAGAAAAACCACAGAAUUUACAGUACACAGAUUGUUGCCACUUCAGCUGUAAGAGAAGCAGUGAAUAGAGGUGAAUUUUUAUUUAACAUUAAAGAGAAAUCAGGGUUUGGUGAUGAUGAAAUCAGGGUUUUGUCUGGUGUGGAAGAAGCUAGAUUUGUUUAUAUGGGGAUACUUCAGUUUUUACCUGUUUAUGAUAAAACUGUUUUAGCUAUUGAUAUUGGUGGUGGUUCUACUGAAUUUGUUAUAGGGAAGUCUGGGAAAGUGUUGUUUUCGAUUUCUUUAGAACUAGGGCAUGUUAGUUUAACCGAUGAAUUUGGUAAGGGGGAGAAAAUGAUUGUUAAUUUGCGGAAUUAUAUUCGUUCGGUUAUUUACGACUCUGGACUAGUUGAGAAAGUUAAAGAAAUUGGGUUUGAUAUUGCUGUUGGUUCUUCUGGAACGAUUAAGUCGAUUGAAAAAGCUGUUUCUUUGAGGUAUGGUUGUGAUUUGAGUGGUUCGGUUGUGGUAAAUGCCGGGGAAUUUAGUAGAGAUUGGAAGUUUAAUAAAGAAGAAUUGGUUGGUGUUGUUGAGAAGUUGUGUGAAGGUGGAGAUGAUGAUGAGGAGAUUAAGAGAAAUGGAUUUUUUAAGAGACGAUCGGAGUUUAUACUUGCUGGAGCUGUUUUGUUGUUGGAGAUUUUUGAGAUUCUUGGGAUUAAGGAAAUGGAGGUUUCAGAGUAUGCUUUAGGAGAAGGAAUUAUUGCGGAAACACUUGCGAGUUGUUGUGAGGAUUAUGAUAUUAAAGCAAAUGCUAGGUGGCUUUCUGUUACAAAACUCGCGACGAGGUUUAAUACUGACAAGAGAAUGAAAUUAGCUUCUCUCUCUGUUGGUAUUGCUAAGGAAAUGUUCAGAGGUUUAAGAAAAAGUGAUGGGCUUGCUAAUCAUCAGUUUUUGGACACAGUCUCAUUGGAUGAAAAAGAUCUUGAGUAUCUGGAAGCUGCUUGUUUGCUUCAUAACAUUGGAUUGUUUAUUGGUAAAAAGGGGUAUCAUAAACUUUCACAUCGUAUUAUCAAUAACGGUGAGCAUCUUCAUGGUUAUAGUACCGAGGAGGUAGAGUUAAUAGCACUACUUGCGAGACAUCAUCGAAAGAAGUUUCCAAAAUCUACUCAGGGUUCUCUUGAAGGGUUCCCGAAGGAGUUGAAAGAAAAAUUCAAAGUCCUCUGUGCGAUUUUGCGAAUAUCAAUUGCGGUUCAGCAUUGCAAGUUAAUGACCUUUCAUGGAUUGGAAACUUCAAACUGUCAAGAAGUUUUCAAACUGGUGUUUAAUGAGAAAAGCGGUCAAUCUCUGCCUCCUGGUGAAGUGAAACUUUCUGCAGAGGAUGUGGAGGCUGAACUAAAGUCAGAAUUGAAUUAUUUUCAAGAGGUAGUUAAAAUGAAAUUACUAAUUGCAGUUUCACCGAGCUCGUAAAAACCAUCAGCAUUAUGUACAUAUACUUCGAAACAAAUACUUGUAUUGUGUUGUCUUACUCAACUUUGAAAGUCUUUCUUCAGAGGCCAAUAAGCAAGUUCAGAACCUCUUAUUCUGUGGACAUAAAUCAACUCUAGCGACUGAUGUUUUGAUUCUCCAUGGCACUGCUUGUAUCCAGCAAAAAACCCUCAAAUGCUAGAAUUCACCGCAGAACCGAUUUGCAGGUGCUUGAUAACCCCAUAGUUUACUGCG